UCUCUCUGCCUCUCUCUCUCUCUGUACCGCUCUGCUUUUUUUUCUCCUUUGCCUUUCCUCAGCAUCCCCCCUCUCAGAGAUGGCGUGUAUCGGUGCUGCUCGGGCUGCCAGGGCCUAACGUGCACACAGAGAGAAGAACCCCCCCCCCUCCCAUCCCCCGAUUUGCUGCAUAUUCCUCGGGUGUCUCUUCUCACUGUGUCCUCCACCACUGCUGCUGCCUCUCAGCUCUCCCCCCACCCCACCUCCCCGUGCGGGUGUCUGGGAGUUGGGCCCUUGGGGGUGGAGGGAAUCAACAUCGUGCUUCGCUGGGGAGCUGUGCAGAAUUAGCCAUGCCCUGCCCAGGAAUCCUAUGACCGGCUGGAUUUCUACAUUUCUGUCCGCGUGCGCGCCGGCGGACAACAUAGGAUGAAAAUCUGCAGUCAUGAUGCAAGGACUGAAAAAACGAACCAGGAAAGCCCUGGGCUUACGAAAGAGAGACAAGGAUACAGAUGCAACGACUUCACCUAACAAAGAAGGAGCUGGAAGCAGAAAGAAAGGAAAUAAAAAGGCCAAUGGAGCCCCAAAUGGUUUCUAUGGGGAGAUUGACUGGGACAGAUAUGCCUCUCCUGACGUGGACGAGGAGGGCUUCAGCCUCCGGCCCGGUGACGAGGGCGAUGCAGCUUCCCAAGCAAAGCAGUUUUUCUCCUCCAGCGACUCAGAGGACGACGAGGACAGCAAGAAGAAGUUCAAAAUUAGGAUCAAGCCGCUGGUGGCGGACAGUGCCAAGUGUGUCCCUCCAUCUAUGGACGAGCUAAAAGCCUCCGUGGGAGGCCUGGCACUCUCUCCAUCUCUGAAGAGAAGUCCGAGACGCAGCCCGGGACAGAUAAAAAGGAAUUUGUCCUGUGAAGAGAUUGCCAGACCCAGACGCUCCACCCCCACACCAAGUCCUGCCCCUGAGAUGCCAAGUGACAGGCUGUCGCAGAACGUUCCUGUCUUUUUUGGGCUGCCUUCAGAGACUAAAUAUGCCAGAUAUGAUGUGGUCCCUACUGAAGUAUGGGGAGAAUCAAGACCAUGCUCAGAAUCACAGCUGAGCAGAAGUUUCCCGACAGGAGCCCCUCCUCCGCUUCCUCCAAAAAACAUUCCAUCAAGAAGUCAUUACGGCUAUUCUUCGGACUCUGCUGCUGAUCUACCCAAUGGAAGGGCAGCUCGCAGGUCUGCCCCCAUCUACCUGAACGUCCUGUCCCCCGCCUCUUACCGAGGCUCCCUGGCCCCUGACCUAGACGACGUGUUCGGCCCCACGGACGGCACCCACACCAGUGAGGAAACGAUGUCUCCCAGAUGGGUUACUUUCACCAGCGACAGACCCCCGCCGCCCGAUGAGCCUGCACCCCCUCCCCCACCGGACUCUCCUCCUCCAGACACGCCCUCGUCCACCCCCUCCACCCCCUGUCUCUCUCCAGGUCCGCCGCCAAACGAGCCCCCACCUUCGCCUCCGUCGCUUUCUCCCGGGUCUCCUCCUCCCGGGUCUCCUCCUCCUUUCACGCCACCAGAAUCACCCUCCUCCAUCGUGCUCGGACCUCCUCCUCCGGAUGAGCCAGCCCCUCCCCUGCCUCCCGACUUCUCCCCCUCUAAUUCGCCUCCAUUAUGCUUCGACCACGAGGUGAUCGAUGAGGAGGUGCUGCAGUUUGCAGAGUACUCUUCGUCCCCUGUCCCCAUCAGCCCUGUGCCCCCUCUGCCAGCAGAGCGGAGGUCUCCUCGGCCAGGAGUCAUAUCUCCCCUGGUCCUGGGGGGCAUGGGGGGAAAGAGGACUCCAGAGGGAGCAUACCUGAGAGAUGAUAUCCCAGACUUUGUGGGUUCACCCAGAGAGCUGACGCCGAGCUUCAGGGGCACGCCACCUCCUCUCCCUCCAACCACCUACAGGUCUAUUAUGUCUUCCCCAGGGCCCUCCUCCGGCAGCAGCCCCUCGUCCCCAGCCCGUCCCACCACGCCUCAGUCUCGAGGCAGUCCAGUCCCCCCGCCUCCUCCUCCUCGACCGUCCUCGCGACCAAAGCUGCCCCCGGGGAAACCAAUCACAGACCUGACUCGGCCCUUCAGUCCUCCAGUUUCAGGCAGCCCCCCACCUUUCGCCCCCCUGGCCCGGGCAGAGAGCUCUUCCUCCAUCUCCUCCAUUAUCUUACAGAGUGCAGCGUCCACUCCAACCUUAGGAAGGGACCUUAACAUGUCCGCCACAGAGGCCUCACAGCCUCUGGUAUGGUUUGACCACGGCAGGUUUUAUUUAGCUUUUGAAGGAUGCUCCAGAGGACCCAGUCCGCUCACCAUGGGACCCCAGGACACUCUGCCAGUGGCAGCUGCCUUCACAGAAACCAUCAAUGCCUACUUCAAAGGCGCAGACCCCAGCAAAUGUGUUGUGAAGAUCACAGGGGAGAUGGUGCUGUCCUUCCCUGCCGGCAUAACCAGGCAUUUUGCCAGCCACCCAACUCAACCCAUCCUCACCUUUUGCAUCAGCAACUACAGCCGACUGGAGCAGGUCCUCCCCAAUCCACAGCUGUUGUGCUGUGAUUCCACAACAGACAAUGUAAACAACAAGGAGUUCUGGGUGAAUAUGCCAAACUUGAUGAGUCAUCUGAAAAAAGUGGCUGAACAGAAGCCUCAGGCAACAUACUACAACGUGGACAUGAUCAAAUAUCAGGUGUCAGCAGAGGGGAUCCAGUCCACUCCUCUGAACCUGGCGCUAAGCUGGCGAGGCGACACCGCCAACACAGACCUUAGAAUAGACUACAAAUACAACACAGAGGCCAUGGCCGCCCCCGUGCCACUACACAACAUCCAGUUCCUGGUUCCUGUGGAUGGAGGCAUGGCCAAACUCCAGGCCAUGAUCCCCCCCGCCAGCUGGAAUCCAGAGCAGCAGACGAUACAGUGGAAAAUCCCCAGUCUCUCUCAUAGAUCUGAAAAUGGAGGAGUAGGGGCUCUUCUGGGCCGGUUCCAGAUGACAGAAGGUCCCUGUAAACCCUCACAGCUGGCAGUCCAGUUCAGCAGUGAGGGAUGCACUCUGUCGGGGUGCGACAUCCAGCUGGUUGGGACUGGCUACCGGUUAUCGCUGAUCAAGAAGAGAUUUGCUGCAGGGAAAUAUUUGGCGGAUAAUUAGUGGACCUGUUUGUGAACGGAACCAAAAGAAUCAAUGGCUUUUGACUGUGAAGACUAUGGAUCCAUCCCAUGUUUAGUGCAUUUGAAACUGUAUCUUUAGCAACCAUUAGAAUGAAUGGUUGAGAUUUAACAGAAUAACACAACACAGAUGACAACAGAUCAUUUUUGAGUUCGUAAUAUCAUUUUCAGUCGACUGACUGCUGCUGAGUUUAUGCAAGUAAAUACAAAUCAUUAGUUUUGUGCACUUGGAACACACAUAUGGGCUUACAUGGAGUAAAACAUAGGAAAGCUCUGAUUCUUUGUUCUUGUUUUCAUACUUGUGGAUUCAUAGAGUGAUCCAGCCUUAUUCAUUGCAGUUUCUUUUGUCUAACUGGUCGUCAUUGCAAAUGCACCGUAAAAGAUAAUGUGAAUUGAUUAUAUAAUAUUACAACAAUCUUAAGCAAGGUGGAAAAGACUGGAAAAUGUAAAAAAAAAAAAGAAGUGUAUUAUAGAGUUGCUUUGCAAUUGUAUUUUAAUAAGUUAUAGGUUCCAUGGUAAUAUCUGAUUUACACUGCCACCUCAAAUCAGAGUUUUUUUCCACCAUGUGUGACCGAUCUUUAUCGUUGUCUAAGCAGAAUUUAUGUUUCUGUGUAGACAGCCUUUGAAAUGUCACAGCCCAUUCUAUCAGUCUUGUGAUUGAAGGUGACUGGUCAGUUCACAGUUCAAAUGACCUGCAGCGCUGGACUAACAUCAGCACUCUUAAUCUGAAGGUGCUUUUUAUAUGGAAUUAUAUUUGUGCCUCAAUCCGGAUCACAUGAUGGGGAAUAUUGAGCACAUGAAUUAUAUAUUGUAGAGAAGUUAUCAUCAUACAACAAAUACUUUAAUUGAGCAGAGAAAAAAAUUACUUAUUUGCCAUAUCUUAAAUUUAAUUUAAGUUUAAAAUGGCUAUAAUCAAUAUUUUUAUAUUUACAUGGGAUGACAUAAUUACUUUUAGGUGAAUGAGGCUGCUUGUAGUGACAAACCCACAGAGAAUUAUCACCCCAAUAGUACUGUUUUGGUUGACUCUGACUGUUCUCAUAGCAUUGUUUUUGGUCGCAGCAGGCAGCUGUUUCAGCAAAAUGGCUAACCCCACUGUAAAAGUUAGCAACCAGCUGGUGAACAUUCUGGAAGCAUUUAAAAAGCUGAUUUUUCUUUAGAAGUUGAUAGAGACUAAAAACAAUUAAAAGAAGGGUAAAUAUUGGUCAGGUGGCCAAAAAACACGACUCCAAAUGAAUGCUAAUGUUACUGCGUAUCUGCUGGAUGUGUUAAUCCAUGUUAAAAGGCAAGUGUUUGCUAACAAGUUCACCAUAUCAACUUAAAAGGUAUAAUAUGUCAGUGUUCACAGCUGUUUUCCGCUGCCCACAAGUGGCUAAAUUUCCGGUUUACAUUUACUUUUUUAAAGGGAUUACAUUAAUGAUUGAAAUGCCUUGGUUGUGUAGCUGACAAUUAUCAAGUUAGCCAACUAGCUUAGUUAGCUACUGCAUAUCUGGCAGACGUUAGAUACCAAUACAGCUAGUCUGCGAGCUAAUCAAAUACAGACUAACUUUCAAACACAAUUUCAAAAGGUUUCAUAAAAUCGGGUAUGUUAGCAAAAAUGUAUAUAGCAUACUUUAUGUGUGGCUGUGGUGUGCCUGCUUACCAUUCUACUACCUACAUACCAGAUAGGUUAUAUUAUGUGGUUUAUAGCAGAAAAGCAGGGAAUUAUUUUUGAGUAAUGAUCAUUUCUCUACAAAAUAUCAUUCAUGUGUUUGCAAAACAAUCUUAUUUUGUCCCAUAUGGCGAUCAGGAUUGAAGCAAAUAUAUGUUUACACAUGCAGCCUUUACCACUACUUUGAUGGCAUAUUGCUGUUAACGGGUCAUGUGAACAGAGAGUUGGAACUGUCAGUAAAUCCGUUACAGCCAUUUGUCCUGCUGAAGAACAAAAGCAUUACAUUACCACUAUGAGCAAGUGCAAUGCUGAGAUACAUCAACUUUCCUACAUCACAGGACUUUAGUGGUGUUUGUGGUGGUGUGUGAAUGGUCAAAUUUUGUACAAAAAAAAGUCGAUACUUGUGUGAAUAACAGCUGCUACUUUCACUGGAAGAGUUUGGUUCCUUUAUUCUGUUAAUGUUACAGAAAUUAUGUUUGAAAGGGCCUUAAGAUGUAAGACGCAUACAGAGCCAGACAAGAGUGCCAAACGGUGGUAAGAAGGAGCUUUAAGUUUCAGGAGAAAUAAAGAGGGACCUGGGCUGACGAUUGUAGGAGUUACCUUUGAUGCUGCUUAAAAACUUGACCAAUUCCUUUAACCAUGAUCUUUGAUAGAGGUCUUGACAAGGACUAUUGGGGACAUAACAGAGUAAUGAAAAGAAAUGUCUAUCAAAAAGACAGCACUAUAUAUGUCCCUGUUUUAUUUUCUUGCUUUUCCACCAUGUUGAAUAAAUGUUUUAUCAUUUUCUAAUAGCAAUAUUUAAGUGUAAAAAGUGUACAUAAAAAGCUAUGUUUCAAUAUUUCUCUGGGCAUAUGGAUGUGUCUGUGAUUGUCUCUUGGUUUAUUGAUGUCAGCACUCAUGAUGAAUUAGGUUCUAUGUAACAACACUCCCACUCUUCAUCUAUUGUUUUACAUGUGGGUUUCUUGUACCAUAAACGUGUUACUGUUGAUGAAUAACUCCAAACGGUGAUGCAUGAAAUCUGCAUUUGUCCAUUCCAGUCUUAUCAAUUUCAAUAAGGUCAUGAUACGUGUGUUACUGUAUAUUUGUGCUAUGAGAGAAGACUUUUUUUCCUUCACUUAAACCUCCACUCUCUGUUUUGCUGUUGUUGCACCUUCAGAAACUCAUUGUCAAUAAAUUUGGCAUGUAUUCAUUGCUAUUCCCAUUCCAUGCAUCUGAUAUAGGUGUUUAACAUUCUCCUGUGUUUGAAUUGCACACAAAACACACCUUAAAUGUCAUUAAUAAAACAAUUCAUGGGCUCAUGUCACAUAUCAAUAUGUGUUUGAACAUUACAUUUUAUUGAAUGUUUUUAUGUGUUGACUCACAGUUUGGGCCUAGGUGUAAUAUUUCAUUUAGUUCUUCGAAAUUGGAAAAACAUAAUGGUUCUUUCAGUGUAUUAAGAACAACAGUUCUCAGUGUUUCUGUUACUUAUGCUUCGGUUUUUCUUUGCCUUUUUUGAGCAUACACUUAGUCCACCAAUAUGGAAGAGUUUCUGUAAGUUUAUUUUUUCUACAAUGUUUUGGCUGUAUUCCUUUCACUGCAUUAGACACAGAAUAUGCAAACAUGUCAUGUAAAUUUCCCAUCCAAAGAUUUUGAAAGUAAAUAUAUGAAAAAAAUAUAAUGUAAUACCUGUUUUACUUGGUAAUAAAGAAGAGGAAAUAUGA